UACGAGUUGUGAAAGCGGGAUCGUCUCGAUGUGAACUUAUCGAAAGCGGCCCCUUUCGAGUUAUUUAUCGGUGGAUUGUCACAAAUCAUGGCUCGGCUAUCUAUUUAGGUUGAGAACUGUUCAACUGUGUAGCGUCUGUUUUUGUUUAAAUUCUAAAGUGAAUUUGUGUUGCGGCACAUCGUCGUCUCCAGGUCGCUGACGGUGUAUUCGGUUCCUGCCGCGACGGUCCGUUUCCUGCUGACAGUUGCUGGUACUCCUCGACGAUGGCACCUGCUGUUUACUCUUCUCAGCGUCGAUCUGGAAAGACUCGACAGACGGGUUUUUGAUUUAGUCAAAAAGAGUUAAUUAGAGAACAUUAAACAUGAGUGGGUGGACUGGAAAGCGGGACAUGCUUGGAGAUGAACCUCCUUACCUGGCUGUCGGGACUGAAGUAAGUGCCAAAUAUAAAGGUGCAUUUUGUGAAGCAAAGAUUCGUAAAGUUGUGAGAAGUGUGAAGUGCAAAGUGUUGUUCAAACAAGGACUGGGCAGUGCCACAGUUGCUGAUGAUCAAAUUAAAGGAGUGUUAAGGAAUGGCGCAACAGUCGAAGUAAGACAUUCUGAGAAUAAAGAAUUCGUAGAAGCUACGAUAACAAAAAUUCAAGACUGUAGCCAGUACACUGUUGUAUUCGACGACGGGGAUAUUACAACUUUGAGACGAAGUGCGCUGUGCAUGAAAAGUGGAAGACAUUUCGCCGAAAGCGAAACAUUGGAUCAGCUUCCCCUAACGCAUCCAGAACAUUUUGGAACUCCUGUAAUCGGUGGUAGACGUGGUAGAAGAAAUAGGACUGGCUUUGAAGGGAGCAGUGAUGAUGAAGAGUCUCUAACUCAUGGCCCAGAGCUUACCAUUCAAAAAGAAGAGGAUAUCGGACGGGUCGUGUGCGUCGAAGGUUCUGAAAAAAGAAAACAAAAGGACAAUUGGUUCCCCGGCCUGGUAGUCGCGCCAACAGCUCAAGACACAGUUGAAAUCCAUGUUAAAGAAGAAUAUCUCGUUCGAUCCUUCAAAGAUGGCAGAUAUUAUACAGUUCCAAAAAAUGAAGCUACCGAAUUCACUAGAGAAAUUGGAUCAAAAGUUGAAAAUCAAACUCUUAAAGCAGCUGUUGAUAAGGCACUAUUGUUUUUGGAUAGAGCGGAACUGCCCCCUCAUUGGGAUAGGGAGCUGUUACUUUAUGGCCUUAAUGAUACUGCAUCUGACAGUGAUCAUGGUGAUUGUGAGAGUUCAGAUGAUGAACCACGAGAAGAAAAAGACCACUUUGUGGCUCAACUGUACAAAUUUAUGGAUGACAGUGGAACACCUAUUAAUAAAGGGCCUACAAUCGGAGCCAAGGAUGUUGAUUUAUAUCGCCUGUUCAAGGUUGUUCAAAAUCUAGGUGGUUAUAAUAGAGUCACCAAUACAAAUAAUUGGAAGACCAUAUCGCAUAAAAUGGGAUUCGGUCACAACCCUGUUACAGUCAGUUUAGUGAAACAAUCAUACAAAAAAUUCUUAUACAGCUUUGAAGAAUUUUAUAGAAAACUGGGGUGCACAAUGAUAAACCAUCCACGCUUGAGCCGCAACCGAAGUAGAAGUGGUAGGAGUUUAAUUAGAGAUAGAGAUAGAGCUUCCGCCCCUAUCAAAACAGAGGACAAAAAUAAACCAAGUACGAGUAGUGCUGUGCCACAACUCCCUCUUAUUUUUAACAUUAAACCCGAUCCGGAUGCUGUUCCUGUUGUUGAACCACCACCUCCUGAACCACCUAAGACAUACCCAACAUUAAAAGAGAAAUUGUUGCAAAAGAAAACAGUUGCACCAGUAGAGGUGCCUUUUCCCAUUCAAAAAAUUAAAGAAGAAAAGAAAGACCCAGAAAUAAAAAUUGAACCAAAAGAAGUCAAGAAAGAAGUUAAGCCCAGGCAGACUAAAGCCAAACCCAGUGAACCUGAAAUCGGCGUGAGUAAACCUGAAAGUAUGAAAGAUGCCAGUAAAGAUAGAAAGAAGAAAAUUCUUCUCAGGCUGACCGGAGGGAAUAAAAAGGAUUCCACUAAUAAAUCGACAAGGCCCCAGGUACAAUCCAAAGUUCCCACACCCGGUUUGGCCAAUACUAGGCAAAAAAGGACAAUGAAAGACCGAGUAAAAGCUUUUGUAGAUCAAUUCAAAACUAAGGGUAUCAAAUAUGGAUCCAAUUUAAACUCCGCUGAAAACGAAAAGAAUACAAAAGCAAAGAUCAAAGAGGAACCUAAUGCCAACCCAAGUGGAAAAGGUGCUAAAAAAGAAGAUAUUGCCGUUCCAAUUGAUGACAAGAAAAAAGGACGAAAAAGAAAAGAACGUGGAGAUCCUGUAGAUGAUCAUUUUGAGGUUGCAUCUUCGGUGAAAGCGGUUUCUAUUGGAGACAAGCUUCAAGUAUGUUAUGAGCCGACCCUUUCUCAUGAAUCUAAAGUUACAUAUGAAGCUAAGGUUCUAAAUGUGAGAGAGGAGGAUGGAGAGAAACUUUACCUUGUUCACUACAACGGCUGGAAUUCUCGAUACGAUGAGUGGAUUAAAAUGAGUCGGAUUGCUCAUAAUUAUUCCUGGACUGGAGGACGUACGCCUAAAAAAUUUUUACAGGCCUCCAUGACAAAAACAACCAAAAAGAAAAAUCAAAAAACAGAUAGCAGCUCCAGUUCAACAUCAAAAGAGCAGCCGUUCAGUGUUACGCCGUCUAAAGAGAAUAACAGGCAAGGCUCUGUCGGCCGUUGUACCACACCAUCUUCAGUGACGUCUGUUUCAAGCAGAAAAUAUACUAACACAAGGGCAUUCACGAGAUCAACAAACAAAAGAGAGUUAUCAGCCUCAGAAACUGAUCAUGAAUAUGAAAGUGAUUAUGCUGAAAUUGAGACGACCAAACCCACUGAGAAAUUUGAGGAACCGUCAAGUGAGAAAAAAAGAAAGAAAAGAAAAGUCGACGAUGAAAUAAACCCAAAGGAAAUCAAGAUCAAACAAGAGCCAAAAGAUGAAGAAAUGAGUCAUGUAAAAACACGAAGGCUUAGGAAAAACUCAUUGGAAAAAGCUUUUGAUAAAGAGAAAGAAUCGAGUAAAACUGAUAGCAAAUCUGCUGAAGAAGGAAAUGAAGACUUAGAACCUACAAAUUUAAGCAAAUCUAAAGAAAGUUCAUGCGAAAGCUUGACUGAUGAAUCACCGUCAAAAGGAUUCGAAGAGAUCGUGCCCAAAACUGAGCCCAAGGAUGAAGUAGAAGAUUCAGAAAACAAAUCAAUAAACUUGUAUCCCAUAGUUUGCCAGAGAAUUCAAAAAGAGAAAACUACUUAUGAGGAAGUGCCAAAUUUGCCUAAAGGUAGAGACUUCGAUCUUACACAAAUACGAUCAGAACUAAAAGGCAUAGAUCCCACAACACUUGUCGGUAGGCCGAGUUCAUCCAACAGCGAAUCGAAUAAAGAAUUUUUCGUCAAAGAAGAGAUUGAAGCAGAAGAUGUUUAUGAAUUUAAAGAGCCAGAACCCUUUGAAUUUGAAGUUAGAAAAAGCUUAGAAGAUAAGAACAAACUUAACCGAAGGAACAUUACAGGUAGAUUAUUUGAUGAUAAAUCAAUUUCUAAGUCACUUUCCACUUCUCCUGCAAAAGCCAAAUCUCCGGUGCCCAGCCCUAGCCAAUCACCGAGGAAAGACGAUUCAAGUAUCGAGAAUCUCUCGACCAUUCAAACUUGUGAAGAAGCAUUUGAUAAAAUCUGCGCGUCUCCAUUAAGAGCAGCCACUGAACACCGAAGUCAUAUACAUCUGCAAAUAUUCGGAGUCCCAGAAGAUAAUUCGGACGAUGAUUUUGAAGAUGACAGUCAAGACAGAUUGGUAAUAUCUGAACGCGACAGUGACAACUUUAGUAAUAUGAGCAAUGAUAAGGAAAGCGACAGUUAUGCUCAGGAAAAUCCUCCAGUUGUUGCUGCUCCUGAGAAAAAAAUUGAGUUGGAAACUAAAGAAAACUUUCCCAAAGAUGAUGAAGAUGAAGAUAUGGAAGAUGAAGCGAUCAAUGUCGCCAUACAGAGAGCCAUACAGGAAUCAUCAGAUGAUACAAACGAUGGAGAAUUCUUGGGGAAAAAUUUGACACCAAAAGUCAUAACCCAAACAGUGGAAAGUUCAUUUGAUACUGAAACACUUCCGCAAUUGCAAGGGCCGAAAUGUGAACCACCUUCUCCAUCGCAUUUGGAAUCGAUCGGCAUGAGCACAGAUGUUGAGUCUGUCAAGACAUACAUCACACACAUUGAGGAACAAGGAGAAAUACAAGAGGACAAAAAAGAAGUCAUAUAUCAGGAUGACUUAAUGGAAAUUAGAGAAGUUACGACAUAUGGCGAUGAAGAAAUCAUCGUUGAGGAGGAAGGAGAGGAAUUAGAAGUUGAAGUCGAAGAGGAACAGGAUAUGUUGGUUGUUGCUGAAGAAGAAACUAUAGAAGACUCACAAGAAGUUGUGAUACAAGAGAGAAUUACAACUCAAGUUCCUUCUGAAAGUGUUGUAACUGAGACUGUCCCCGACACUUUGAUACAGAUUUCUUCCAAAGAAAUAGAUGAUGAAGACGAAUCCGAAGAAAAUAACCUCGACUCAUUAAUUUGCGAAGAAACCAUUCCAAGAAGUCCAACUCCACAAACAGAAAUAAUUGGACAUGGUGAAGAAGAAGCUGGUUCUUCUGUGGAUGUUACCGUUGAAACUGUUGAAAUUGAAGAACAAAAUAAGGAGAGUCCGAUCAUAAAUGAACCUGCAGUAUUAGCUAAAGAACCAGUAAUAGAUCACACACCACCAAACACACCAGAAAGUUCUUUGUCGUCAUUAGCUUCUCCUCGCGGUCAUGAAAUAUCGCCUCCACAUUUAGAAAAUGAAAGCAUCAAAACCCUCCAUGCGCCAUUGACCACAGUAAAGCCAGAACCUCUAGAAAUGCCUUCACCUCCUAAAACAGCUCCUGAUACUAGGUCGAAAAAGGCUGAAGCUAACAGGUCUGUUAGCAAGAAAGGAAGAAGACCCAGAAAACGCUCUGAAGAAACAGGAAAGAGAAAGAAUCCACGCACUACUCGUCAUCACGGAGUUGUAGUUGGAAGUGAUAGCGAUGAGGUACCCGAUCAAGCUGGUAGUAAUUCACGCCGAGAAAAUAGAUCACCUCGGCCAGGAAAAUAUAAUUUUUCAUUGUCAUUAGGUUCGGACAUUGGUUAUGCUCAAAAAAUUGCGAUAUUGCUUCAAACUCUCGGCGAUAUACGAAAAGCAUAUACAGAUGUUAAAUCCGAAUUAGCAAUGAUUGACAGGCGACGGAAGAAGUUAAGGAGGAGAGAAAGAGAGAGUGCUGCUGCGGCCGCAGCAGCUGCAGCAUCGACCAAUCCUCCAUCAAUGAAUAAUGCAACCAAAGUUCAUUAAAUUUUCACAGAUAACCGAUUUUUGAAAAAAAAAAAAAAUCCUCUGAAUAUAUUUUAUAUACACUUGAGCUGUAUAUUUAAUUUUUGCUGAAACUACUAUUUUUGUAUAAUUGUAUUAUUAUAUUUUUGUUUUGUUUUUAAGAAAAAUUAUAAUUUAUUGAAUGAUAUUUUUUCUUCAAUGCCUAAAUUCCAUUAAUAUUUCAGUUUACUUUUUUAUAUUAAAUAAAAUCAAUCUUUAAUAAAUUGAUAUCAAGAAAAAAUAUAUAGACGUGUAUGUUUGUAACAUUA